AUGGCCGUCGUCUGGUUCAGGUGCGACCUCCGGCUGCUGGACAAUCAGGCGCUGGAGUGCGCGUUGGUGGCCUCUGGCACGGUCUUCACCAACGGCAGGGGCUCGCCGACGCUGCAGUGCUGCAAGGCGGUGGUCGGGGUGAUCUGCACCAGCGCCGACUGUGUGUGCCUCAUCCUCACCGGCAACAUGGCCUUCGGCCUCCCCAUCAACAACCGCACUGUCGCCAUCUCCCUUCCCAAGAUCUGCAAGUCACUCUCCGUCCCGCUCGUUUGUAGAGAUACAGCGGCGCAGAUCCCAGCUCCAGAUUGCUUAAAUUCUCCUUUGUCGACCUUGCCUUGA